UCGACCGCGGCGGCGGCAGCGGCAGCAGCAACGGGCGCGAUUUCCCCUCCCGCCGAGAGCCACUCACCGAGGCGCAGGGGCUGGAGGUGGCGCUGGGGAGACCGCAAACAUGGCCACGGACCCAGACAGGGAAAACGGUGCCGAAGUCAACCAAGGCAACGACCUACCCGUGGGAGCAGGCAAGCCAAACGUGGGGGCCGCCCUUCGCUCUGUGUCUCCGACGGCGGACGCUCAGUGGAAGGCCGUUUUCCACGACCGCGUCCAGCCGCGAUCUUUGGAUCUGCAGGGCAUCAAGAUGACGAGGCUGCAGAAGAAAACGCUGCAGCAGGAGAAGAUGGAAAAGGAGGACCCGCCGGAUAGCCUGUCCCAAGAUUGGUUCAACACCGAGUCCAUGACUCUGGAAACCCGGGCGUAUCUUCUCGAUAAGCUUCUGCCCACUUUGGUGCCCGCCGUGGAGAAGCUGCUAAAGGUGGCAGAACGGAAGCAGGCGCUGGAGCCCAAGGAGUCCGAACCCUGCCCCUUUAACCCCAUGAUCUUCCUGGGCGAAUACCUGAUGAGGCAUAACCCUACCUACGAUCUGAGCGCCAAGCCCAACCCCUACGUGCGAGGGCUGAAGGCCAUCACGGAUCAGCUGAAGACACGCGUGCCCGACACGACGCUGCAUAAACUCGCUCAGAUGAAGGACUUGGUGGAAGAAAAACGCCAUCAUAGGGAAGACGUGGAGAACAUCAAAGCUCAAGUCAACCAACUGCGCGAGCAGGCCUUAGCCGUGCAGUUCCACGAAUGGACCCUGGAUGCCACCGGACAGCUACCGCUGGCGCUGAUCCAAAGUGCCUUGCAAUCCUUCCUGGAGGUUGUCAGCAAAAUGCCUCAGUUCAAGGACGCAGACAUCUACGCCAGGCCGCUGGAAGCCGUGGCACCACUGGACUUGAAGGUGAACGAAGAGGAAUUCACAGAGUAUCUCCUUUCUUACGUCAAAAAUUUCACCAGUGACCUGUUCCAGGAGCUGCUGAAGCAUUUGCUCCAAUGUUCUCACGAUGCCGGAACGCCAUCCGGCAUGACAUCUGGAGGCAGAUGUUUGUCCAGCUGUUCUUCGAUUGUGAAUACGGGCAGGUAG